GGGAACCGGACGUUACUUCUGCAGAAAAACAGCACGGUUUGGAGGAGGCGACACGUGUGUAACGCGGUCUGUUGUAAGAUAGCACGGUGUAAAUAGCAAACGAACUAAACGAUAAGUUCUGCAUUAUCUCUCAAACAUGACAAAAAUAAAAAAGGAAAAGGUUGUCGAAGAGGAGGCUGGAACGACGGAGACCGGAACGACAGAGAAAUCGUAUCAAGAGUUAAUCGCAAACAUUAACCCAAUUGCUAAUCCGCUGGCUUCGAAGAAACUCAGCAAGAAGCUCUACAAAUGUGUCAAAAAGGCAUCUAAACUCAAACAAAUUCGACGCGGAGUGAAAGAAGUUCAGAAGUUUAUCAACAAAGGAGAAACUGGGAUUGUGGUGUUGGCUGGAGACACACUACCCAUAGAGGUUUACUGCCAUCUGCCAGUCAUGUGUGAAGACCGGAAUCUGCCGUACGCCUACAUUCCCUCAAAAGUGGACCUCGGAUCCUCUGCUGGCUCAAAGCGACCCACCUGCGUCAUUAUGAUCAAACCCCAUGACGACUACAAAGAGUCCUACGAUGAGUGUUUCCAGGAGGUCUCUGCCCUGCCCAAACCCCUCUGAAUCCCUGUCGCCAUCUGACGGACUCUGGACAGGCAUGCCCUUGUGGGAUUGGAGAAUGUCAGACUGUAACACAGAAGCCCGGCUGCAGGGUGUUGCAGUCUGUAUAUGGAAGUGGGGAAAUCAUAUCCGGUCAAGGAAUCCUAAUCCAUGUCAUCAGUUUAAUUUUUCAGGUCGUUAAAUGUCUGUUAACUGCUGACCUGAAACUGUAGACUGACUUUAUUUUCCUUAUUUUGUGGGACUCCUAUCCUUAGGCCAGAGAUGAAGAUUCCUAUUGAGUACAUACUGUUUUAUAUUGUAUUUUCUUUUGUAACUGGUGUUGCUUCAGUGUAACAACAUGAGGCACUGUUGGUUGUGUUUUUAAAUGUUCAUUUUGAUGUCCCUUGGAUAUAAAAAUAAAUCUACAUCCACUGAAGUUUUAAAUAAGUAAACAAACA